GUGCCAGGCGCCCCGGCCCCGGGGGCUGCCCUCACGGCUGCCACGGCCGCCGGCCUCUCCGCCUCACCACUGACUGUGUGUGGCCAUUGGAAAAGUCCGGCAUCAUCGUCCUCACUUGCCUGAAAAGAAAAAAGGUAUAAACGCUUCCCUGGCAAGGCGUCGAGAAGACUCAAUGAAUGAACAUUUACACAGGAAGUCCUUACAACAAGCUGCCUGCCAGCCGCCCUUCCCCAGAUCCCGAAUGCAACCCUGGCCAGGUGGCACGGAGAACCGUCACUCUGCUGGUCAUGCUGAGCUCAUACUCUGAUGGCUGUUGGAUGAGGUCAAGACUGGGUCCCCUCCCUUCUCCCACUUUACCAAUGCCUGAUCUCAUGGGGUUAGUUUGGAGCCCACCACUAUGGCAUCAUCACCCUCCUUGCCAGCUCCUCGUUCCAGGUCCAAGAAGCCUCUGGGCAAGAUGGCUGACUGGUUCAGGCAGGCCCUGUCGAGAAAGCCCACAAAGACGCCCGUCUCCCCAGAAAGCACCCGCAGUGACGUCUCACAGCCGAGCUCCUCGGACAGGCCCCCACCCCUGGGCCCCAGCCCAGCGGUGUCUCCCACCCCGCCGCCGACACACGUGGGCGCCCACGGCGGCAGCAGCGGCGGCAGCGGCCGCUGGAGCAAAGACUAUGACGUGUGCGUGUGCCACAGCGAGGAGGACCUGGCGGCCGCGCAGGAGCUGGUCUCCUACCUGGAGGGCAGCGCUGCCGGCCUGCGCUGCUUCCUGCAGCUGCGCGACGCGACCCCCGGCGGCGCCAUAGUGUCCGAGCUGUACCAGGCCCUGAGCAGCAGCCACUGUCGCGUGCUGCUUAUCACGCAGGGCUUCCUGCGGGACCCGUGGUGCAGGUACCAGAUGCUGCAGGCGCUGAGCGAGGCCCCCGGGGCGGAGGGCCGCACCAUCCCGCUGAUGUCGGGCCUCCCCAGGGCCGCCUACCCCGCCGAGCUCCGAUUCAUGUACUUCGUGGACGGCUGGGGUCCCGACGGCGGCUUUCGCCAGGUCAAGGAGGCUGUCACGCGGUACCUGCAGACCCUCAGCUGACACUUCUUACAUCAACACGGAUGCAGACAGUUGGAGCAAAGCUGGGAAUGGAGUUAGAGGACCUAGGACCUUGGAUUCCAGCAGACGUGCCAAGUUGUAAGGAGUAAGUUUGCAGCACGUUGUAUGUGACCCUGGAAUCAGAUUGUCCGUGGCCUCCAUAGCCGUGGGCUCCCAGGAAGGCCUGGGGAAGCCAGAAAGUGGAGGUGGAAGGAAGUGCUGAUACCAAGACAUCACCCACGUGUUGCCUCCUGCGUGACCGGACGUGGAGCCUGGCACAUCGUGCCUAUGUCUUCUUCCCCUGGAAUCGGGCGCUGGUGUCUAGGCGCCUUCCUCCCGAAGAGGUGACUCACCUGAGUAAGGAGCUGGGAGCCUGGACUGCUUGCCUCAGCUGGGUGGUUUUCCCAGUUGCCUGGGGAAGCCCUGAACAGGUGUCAGGAGAAAACAACAGGUAUAGCGUCUUUCACACUCACCCUCUUGCCGGGGUCUCCCAGUGAGUCGUUCACUUCCGAAAGCUGCGUGGAAGAUGCCCUCAGCACGUCUACAGGACAAAUACUGUCCUGUGUUCGUUUUCACUGCAUGCCUGUCAUUAAAGACUCACACCUAGAAACGAGUCUGAAUAGACAGAAGAGGGGAGGGAGCAGGUGGGGUGAAGAGAAGGAAAGCUCAGACCCUUUAGCUGGGAUCAAAAGCCCACCCACCAAUGCUCUGACAUAUGGGGGCCUCAUCAGGCGUCUGGCCAGAACUCCUGCUUUUACAGUAGUUCCUUCACCUCUGCACUCAGAGGAAUCAGCGUAUUUCUUCUGGCAGAUGAUUGUCUACCUUGUAGUACAGGCAGAGUUUCAUUCAUCUGUUCUCAGUAAAACUUGGUUGUUGAACUGAAAUGAAUUUAUGAUUCCCCUGAUGUGUACUUUUGUGUCUCUUCUCCCACUUCCCCCUACCACAUCUCCUCCUUUUACUGAAAAAAAUGUAUAUAUAUAUAUUAAAUUGAGAUAUAAUUGACAUAUAACAUAUUAGUUUUAACUGUACAUGAUUCGCUAUUUGUAUAUAUUGUGAAAAAAUUUUAUUUUUAAUUACAGAUUAUCUUAUUACAUACAAAAGGACUAAAGGAUAAUACAGUGUACACUCACGUACUCAACACCCAGCUUAGAAGCCAAACCUCACAAUCCCCAUGUUGCUCCCUUUGUGCCCUUACAUUCUCUUCCCUACUCCCACCAGAAGUAACCACUAUUCUGAAUUUUGAAUUUAUCAUUCUUAGCUUUUCUCUAGAAAUUUAUUACAUAUGUAUGCAUCCCUGACAAUAUAUUAACUUUUACAUGGUUUUACACUUUACAUAAAUGGUGUUAUAUUCUGCAAAUUCCUUUUUUUUUUUUUUUUGCCAUGUUUGUAAGAUGUAUCCAUGUUGAUUCAUGGAGCUGCAGUAAAUCCACUUUCAUUCCGUUAUGUAAAUAUACCACCAUUCAGUCGCACGUGUUUUUACAAGCGGGCAUUUGGUUGUUUCCAGGCUUUUUGCUGUUGAAAACAAUGAGCCUGUGAGCGUUUUUAUUCUUGUGUAUGUUUCCAAGAGCAAGAUUUUCUAGGAUUUAACCUAGAUGGGGAAGAGCUGGGUAGUGAAGAGUGCGCACCUUCAGUCUUGGUAGAAGAUACCAAAUUUUCUUCCAAAUUGGUUGUGCAAUUUAUGUUCCUGCCAUUUGUGCUUAAGAGUUGCCACUUCUUCAUGUUCUUGCUAACAUUUAGAAUUAUCAGAUUUUUUAAAUUUUAUUUUUUUGCCAUGCUGCACGGCUUGUGGGAUCUUAGUUCCCUGACCAGGGAUUGAACCCGGGCCCCGGCAGUGAGAGCACCGAGUCCUAACCACUGGACUGCCAAGAAAUUCCCUAGACUUAUCAUCAGUUUUUUAAGUGUUUAAUAAGCUGGUGGAUGAACACUGGUAUCCCAUUGUCAUAAUAUUCUUUUUUUCCUUUUGCCUUUUUUAUAAAAAAAAAUAUAUAUCAUACACUAAAAGGAGGAAGGAGGAAGUUUGAUGAAUCCCCAUAUACCUAUCACCCAGUUUUCAACAAUUAUCAACUCAGAGAUAAGCUUUUAUUAAUAAUAACCCUACCCAUUAGUCACCCGACGAUCAUUUUGAAGCAAAUCACAGGUAUUAUUUUCUUCUAAAUAUUUAAGUAUGUCUCUCUAAAUUAUUAGAAGUUUAAAAAAAAAUGACCACCAUAUAACAGUAUCUUUUAAAGAACAGAAGCUUUAUUUUUUAAUGUGAAAACUUUUAUCUAUUACUUUGUAGUCUGUGCUUUUUGUGUCUUCUUUAGGAAAUCUUCCCUACUCCUGUAUUUUCUUCUGGAAGUAUUUCACAUUUUGGUCUUUAAUCCACCUGGAUGUUUUGUUUGGGUUUGUUUUUGUUGCUCUUGGUUUAUAAGUUAGAGAUACUUUUUUUUUUUUUUCAUUUGAAUAGCCAUUAUUUACUGACUAGUGCAUCCUUCCCCCACUGAUUGUGAUGUCACUGCUGUCAUACGUUGUCAUACGUGAGGGUCUGCUCCUGGGUUCUCCAGCCUCCUCCCUCUGUCUGUUGAUGUAUCCCUGUGUCAGUGGCAGCGUGGCUUACUUACUGUUGUUGUUAGUAAACCUUGAUAACUUAAUAGGUCAGCUCUUCCCACUCCUCUUAAUCAUGAAAAUCACUUCAACCCUUCCUGUUCCUUUACUCUUUCAUAUAAAUUGUUUAUUCAGUUUGUCAAAUUCCAGGAAAAGGCCAGUUAAUAUUUUUAUUGGACUUACAUUGAGUUGAGAGAUUAAUUUGGAAAGGAUAGAUGUUUUAAUGAUAUUGAAUCAUUCUCCUAAUAAA